CUCGACCUAAAAAAAACGGACUGAUAAAAACAUUUGGUGAAAUAUUUUUAAAGACAUAAAAACUACUGUUGUAUUAUACCAAUAAAAACUUGUCUACAUUAUGGAUGAUGACCCCGAGGAAAUUAUUUGUGUAAAGUGUGAAAAAAGUAUUUCUGAUGACUGCUUUGAAUGUGAUUGCUGCCUGGGCAGAAUGCACAGAACCUGUGCAUUGUUAGGAGGAUCAGAAACCAAAGUUAUGCCCCUGCAAAAGCGCGUCUUGAUGCUUAUUUGUGAGAAAUGCAAAAAAUAUCUUAUAAGAAUGCCUUACAUGAUCAAAAUGAUAGAUGAUUUGAGGGAUGAAAUUCAAGAAUUGAAAAGUAGUAUUAAGAAUGGGGGCACCCAACAAGGAGAAACAUACGCACAAAUAUUGAGGAAAGAAGGAAGAAUUGACAACGCACAACGUGUACAAAUUAACUAUAGUACACCUACUCUAAUUAUAAAACCUAAAGCUAAACAAAGCUCUGAGAAAACAAAAAAUGAGUUACAAACAAAAAUAAACCCUGUCCAGCUGAAGGUGGGAAUAAAAAAUUUAAAAGAAGCUAACCAUGGAAAUGUUAUUGUGAAAUGCACCACCAAGCAAGACAUAGAGCUAUUUAAAAACGAGGCUGAAAAACAACUUAAGGGCCAAUAUGUUAUAGAGACUCCAAAAUUGAGGAUGCCACGGAUCAAAAUAGUAGGUUACACUGGUAACAAGUCAGCAGAAGAGAUUGAAGAGUCAAUAAUGGUUCAAAAUAACUGGAUAAAGCAGAACGAUAAACUCAAAAUAACAUAUGUGAAAAAGAACAAUUCCAAAAACCAGUCAACAGUUUUUGGGGAAUGUUCACCGGAAUUAUUUAGCAAAAUGAUUGAUGCUAGUAAAAUCUGCAUUGAUUGGGAAAGAUUUUCUGUUUAUGAAGACCUUAAUAUAACCAGAUGCUAUAACUGUCAGGGCUAUCGCCAUAAAGGUAGCACAUGCAAUGCGACUCAAGUAUGUGGAAACUGUUCUGGUGAGCAUGAUAUCAAGGAAUGUUCAAGACAGGAGAAGGCUUGUGGAAACUGUAUUUCCGCAAAUAACCAGUACAACACAAAAUAUGAUACAAAUCAUGCGGCAUUCGAUGCUAGCUGUCCAACCACUAACUACUAUUUAAAAAUAAUGAGAAGCCGUAUUGAUUAUUAUGGUUCAUCAUAAUGGUCCUGCUGCAGAAUGAAGAAGUUUUAGAUAUAAUAAACCUGGAUAGUCGGACACAUACAGGAAAACUAGUGGAUAGUGAAGAACUGCAUAAUCAAUUGAAUAAUAAAAAAAAACUAAUAAGUGUUUUGCAUAUUAAUAUCAGAAGUGUAAAUAGAAACAUGGAUAGUUUACUGCUUCUGAUUAGAAGUUUUGAUUUGUCAACGGUAGAUGUAAUAGUUCUUAGUGAAACAUUUCAAAUCCAAUCAAUUGAUAACUGUAACCUUGAUGGGUAUGCUAUUUUUUACAAUGAUGCAAAAUUCAAUCGAAAUGAUGGGGUAAUUAUAUACAUAAAAAAUGAAUUUAAUCCUUCAUACUCCAAAAGAGAAUUUGAUAUUUCAAAAGCCACAAUAGGCAGAAUUACUUUAAAAAAAAAUAACAUCAGCAUUGGCAUAACUGCCUCCUAUAAACCCCCGCCUAUUUCCAAAGUUCAAUUUAUAAAUGAUAUACAGAAUUACCUACAGUCAAAUGCAAACAGGAACAUCGAAAUCUUUAUAGGUGACACAAACAUAAAUAUUCUUGAUAAAAAUUGUGAUGAUGCAUUUGCUUAUCUUGCAAGCAUGGCCCAUGAAGGUUAUAUUUCAUACAUAAAUACUGUAACUAGACCUGACACUGGUACAUGUUUGGACCAUAUUUUUGUCAAACAACAAAAAAAAAACGGAUAAAUUAACAUAUAAAUCUUUUGUGCUUGAUCACCAUAUCACAGAUCAUUGCCCUAUAUUUCUUGAUAUAAGUGUGGAUUCCAGUAUCAC